AUGGAGUCUCAACAGUCUAAGACCACAGAGGACUCCAAGACUAAAGAAGCAGAGCUGGCUAAAGCCAUAAUGUCUCGGCAUUUCCUCCCCUCCCUCAUUGGCUCGGAGGCCUGGGAGGGGUACAUCUUCUCUGACCUGAAGAUCCGCAUCAAAGAGUCCACUGACCUCUACGGAGCUGUCCUCUGGCCCUCGGCAAUGGUGCUGUGUCAUUUCUUAGAGACCAACCAGGACAAAUACAACCUGACUGACAAAAAUGUGAUUGAACUAGGUGCAGGGACCGGACUGGUCUCCAUCGUGUCCAGCCUGUUAGGUGCUAAGGUGACGUCCACUGACCUGCCAGACGUGUUGGGGAACCUCCGGUACAAUGUUCAGCACAAUACAAAGGGCCGGUGCAAAUACGUCCCCCUGGUCACUGAGCUCUUCUGGGGUAAGGAUGUGGAGCAGCGUUUCCCCAGCGCCACCCACUGCUUUGACUACAUCCUGGCGGCCGACGUGGUGUACUCCCACCCGUACCUGGAAGAGCUGAUGGACACCUUCGACCACCUGUGCCAGGACAACACACAGAUCCUCUGGGCUAUGCGUUUCCGCCUGGACCCAGAGAACAGCUUUGUGGAUCGCUUCCAGCAGCGCUUCCACCUGGAGGAGCUGUACGACCUCCCGAGCCUGAGCAUCAAACUGUUCUGGGCCUGGAGGAAGGACACGGCCUGA